AUGAGUUCUGCCUCCCAGAAAAGCGGUGUGGUAGUUUGGGAGUGGGAGGAAAGACAGGGUCUCUGGAUUCCUUACCAAGCAGAUGUUGUUGAAUACUUGGAAAAGAAGUAUUUGAGGUUAAAGCAAAGGGUAUCCAAAACGUCCACCGUAAGUUUGGGAAAACGCUUCUUUGGUUUACUCUCCUAUGAAGUUGAUCUUGUAAAUAUGGAACAGCAAAGAACGGAAACAGGUGAGAGCUCACGUGGUAUGCUUGUUCUUUUAAAUUUCGCCAAUUUCCUGAACGAAGGUUAACGAACCCAAGAGCUGCUCAUCUUGGAAACCGGAAGUAAAUUGAAGCUCAGCUUACAAACUUUGGCUGAGUCACAUAAAAUUGUAAUUUUGGAUGAGACCCUUCACCCUUAAGUGCUGUCAGUACGGUGCAAAAUGAAAGGAAAAAAUGAGACAUUAAGGGGGAGUGGGGGCAGAUUAUCAUGGACAACAUGUUCUGUUUGUUUACACACAAGACUUGGAACUAUUCUUUUAAAGUGUGCCUGGCUUUCCAUGAAGUUGGUAGAAAUCUUCAGGCCAAUUUUGAAUGUGGAAGUUUCUAAUGAAUUAUGUAAUAACUUCUUCAUAAAAAUGGGAAAUAGUUGCUGAACGAAUUUUUGGUGUGCAGUUAUUUAGUAGUAAAGGAUUUUCCAACUAAAAAAACCAAAAGACAAGAUAGAGAAAGAGGCUUCCAGAGGAAUUGUGUACAAGAUCAAAUGUAAAGAUUGUAAUUGUGUUUAUGUUGGUCAGACAUCAUGCGCACUAAAAGCAUGCAUGAAAGAACACAGAAAGGCCAUAGCAACAUUGGAUGAAAACUCUUUGUUGGCCAAACACCAUAUGCUUCACAGUCACCAAAUGGAUUUGGAGACUGCUGAAAUUGUUGACAGGUCAUUGGCAUGGCAACAAAGACUAAUUCUUGAACCUUGGCAUUCCAUGUGAGAUAGAAAUACUAUAAACAAACACAUAAUGCUACCAAACAUAUACAAUAACAUUAAGAAUUUUUAGAGCCAUUAAAAGUACUGCAGAGACUAUUGUUACACUUAAAAAUUCCUUCAAGAUUUAGCUUUAUCACACAUUGUGGACAUAUACCAAGCAGGACGCUGUUAGACAUUUGCAUUUUUAUCUUUGCUGAAGAAGGCAACAGUAGUAGCUGAAAGGUUCAGAACAAUAUAUUUUUUAGCCAGUGUCAACUUUUUUUUAUUCUUUUUAUCAAAAUUUUUAUUCAGUAGUAAUCAUGGUAAAAUUAUUUGAAUGUAGGGGACUAAAGAUGGCAGUCUUGUUGGUGAUUUUUGCUGACUAAUAGCUCUAAUACACAGCUCUGCCCCCACAGUACCACCCCUAAACCAGAGGUUAAACCCUUCACACUGCAACAUCAGUAUCCAUUUUUCUCUUAUACUAUACAUUUCCUCUGGUACUGACAAGGAAAAUUCAUGUAGGUUGGCGAGCAUUUCCUUUAACCUUAUGAUCUUCAUCAACAAUUCAGCAGUAUUACUGUAAGGAGAAAUUAGAUGCUGGUCACUCUUAAGGUCUAAAAGGAGUUCAGACUAAUACCCAAUCCAAGGGGAGCAAUAGUACUCUCAGUGGAUCAUGCCACACAAACUGGGAAAAAGCCUUGGCAGUCACCUCAUUCAAUAAUUCUUUAUAUUUGAAUUCCAGGGAGAUUAAGAAAGGUCAGGAGAAAUGUUUAUCAAAGCAACUCAGUACCAGGAUGUGGAAUAAGAUGGGAGUGGUAUAAUGAUAUAGUCUGGGUUGCAUAUGACAUUCCAACAUCAGAAGUAAUUGAACAAGCAUACAAGUCUAAUAUGCCAACACUGGAUUUGUCACACACACCUGUUGCAAUUCCAAAUUAUGUGUACUUUCGAGGGCAUAUCAUAAAACAGGUCAAUAAACAUACACAUUUUGAAAGAGAAGUGAAGAGAUUAACACACCAGAAGUAUCCAAAUGAUACCCUGGCCUUGAAAACUACUGGGGUAUCCACUAACAGCAGAGGGAAUACCUUGACCUCCAUGAAUGGCCGGUCGGCCUCUAAGCAUACCACACCUUCAAAAUCCACUGUUUCGAGCACAAGACAAAGUGUGAAAACCAGUGGUACUGUGAAGAGAAUGAAGAAGAUGAAAGUUGAAGACUCUCAAGGUAAAGAAAUCAGCCUUUGCUAUAAUUUUUAUUUUUUCACUUGAUUUCUAUGAUUACUUCCACCCAGGUUUUUGUGGAGUUGGGGCUAAGCCUCAUGUAUUUACCCUGUCAGUCUUGUGCUCUAAAUUUCAAUUCUCUAUACUAUCUCCUGUAUAUUUCGAAAGAUUUUAUUUCUGAGAAUUUUGUGUUGAAUCAGACAGUGUCUGCUGAUUGAUAUGUAUCUAUCUUCUUAACACACUUCUGCUCAAAACUUUAUUGAUUUGUAAGGAGAAAUUCCAUUUUGGUCACACCAAAAUGUUUUGGGAGUUAAUUAGUUAGUAAGCCCUCAGAGGACUUAUUGAUUUCCAUUUACCUCUAAAAAUGGGGGUUUAUCAGUGGGGUGGGAGCUGCACCUUAUUUGAACCCCAUUGAUGAGGGCAUAAGUGCAAGAAAUAGAUGACUAAUUGAUGCAAGGAUCAGUUACAUGAAAUACUCUAAUGCCCCUUUCAGAAGGUUUAUCUUUUUCCACAACCUCCUGACAGGAACUUAUCAGAGUGUGGGGCUCUUAACCCUUUCACUCCUAAGGUCUGAUUGUUAAUUCUCCCCUCCAGCUGUUACACAUUUCCUUGUAAAUAAGUUAUGAGAAUUUGGUGUUUGAUCAAGAUAACUUCUACCUGAUAUAUUUGAGUAUUCUCAUAACCUGUUUGCUGGAUAGUACAUGGAUAUUGUAGGGAGAAGUUACUUGUUAAUCACUUCUGGCAGUUGAACUCAUAGAUGGGAGCUAAAAUGAAAGCAAUUGACAAUUACAGGGUUUGAGUACUACUCUUCUUGGACACUUAAAGGUGGUGUGGGGUUAUUUGAAAGUUUUGUACUUCUUUCUCCAGAUGUUGGUGCAACAGCUGCGGAUCCCCUUUCUGAAUUCUGUAAUGACUUAGCAACAGCUCCAGAUGAGGUAUUUAACAAUAAGUUGUACUAGAGUGUAGCUGUUAAUUUUUUCAACAAUCUAUUUGCCCAUCCAUUUUUGGUAGAAUCCAAUUUUCUUAUCAUUACUUUGGAUUGAAGUUUAAUUUUUUGUUUGGUAAUACAGGUUUUCUUCUACUUUUUGUUAUCUACAGGAUUGUGCUAUUUGUUUUGAAAAGCUCUGCAAUGUCUCCUCAUUUGACGACGAAACUGAAGACAGUGGAAAAGCACAAUCUUCAAAUAUCAAAGAGUUGAGCCAGUGCAAACAUGCAUUUCAUGCCUCUUGUCUCCAAGCAAUGUAUGACAGUGGACCCAAAGUAAGAUAGGGAGAUAUAUCACUCACAGUGCUUCCAUUUUAUAGUUUUACUCCAUUGUUUUUUAAUUACAAUUGGGAAUAGUCUCUCUAUACCAUUUUAUUUUCUCUCUCUAACUAAGCCUAAUUAUGUCUGGUGCUUUCAAUAAGACCCAGUACCUGCUAAAGCUCCUGCAGAUAUUCUUUUGUGAAUUGCUGGGUAUAAGUCAAAUUUACAGAACCAAAAAAAAUAAUUAAGUAACAGAAAAAAAUUGGCAGUCAAUUUAGUAUUGGAGUACUCAUCUUAUUUAUUUUCAAAUUCUGAGGUCUUUGAUUGUUUGAUUUGUUCUGUUCACAGGUGGUUUUCUGUUUCUGCUUGUUUCAUGUGUUCAAAAGGAUCAAUUGGUCAAUGUUGAAGACUAAUAAAGAGUGGCCAAACCAGUUAGAUUUGUUGUCUGAGAACUAAUUAUGCCUUGUAAGUUUUUUUUAUUAUUAUUAUUUUUUUACCUUUAAUCAUAGGAUGGAAGUCUGCAGUGCCCGACUUGUAAAGCAAUUCACGGCAUUAAACAUGGUAAUCAGCCUGAAGAUGGUGUUAUGGAUGUCACUUACUCGCAAAGAAGCCUUCCAGGCCAUGCUGACUGUGGAAUGAUCACAAUUAUAUAUGACUUCUGCAGUGGAAUACAGGUAUUAUUAUUAUUAUUAUUAUUAUUAUUAUUUAUUAUUUACUAUUAUUAUUUUACCCCUUUUAAUCUGUGAUUGUCUAUUCAUCUGGUCUUUCCUUGUGACAGUUUGUAUUACCCUUUUAAUCGAAUUCCAAUUUUCAAUAAUCAUUGUCAUCUUGGGAAAUAUCACAACUGCCUGAAAUGCAGGAAAAUGCAGUUGGCCAAGAUGUUUUAAUCCUUUAACUACCAUGAGUGACUAACACAGAAUUUUUCCUUAUAAUGUCAAUACAACAUCAAGUGGACAAGUGAUGAGUGAUGAGAAUAAAGAAAAAUAUCAAUUAGGGGAUUAAAAGUUGAUCCAAUAUUAAAUUCUCCAAACUAACAUCACAAGAGCUGUAUGGCAGAUGGUUAGGAGAAUUACUAAUGAGAUCUUGGGAGUUAAAAGGUUAAUUUUGAUUGGUUGGGAAAGUGGAGCAAAUUUUUUAGAAGAAUCACCAAAUGAAGUAAAGAAAAACCAAAGACAUUCCAAAUUACUUUUGACACUCAAUUGAAAAUUGUUCCAUAUUUUUUAUUGAUUGUUUUGUUAAUCAUAGGGACCAGAACAUCCUAAUCCUGGGAAAACAUACAGUGCAAGAGGAUUCCCACGAACAUGUUACUUGCCAGAUAAUGAGAAGGGAAAAAAGGUAGUUUGCCUAACAUAUUCAUGCAUGUGCCCUGUUGCAGUCUGUAUACAUGUGAAAUAUAACACUGGACCUGAAAUAAUGCAAAAUGUGUCUUUAGAGAGCACUAGUUCAAAUUUAAUCAAAUUGAAACUUUUUUGGACAGGUUUUAAAGCUCUUGAAAAAAGCUUGGAAAAGAAGAUUAAUUUUUACUAUUGGUACUUCCUCGACAACUGGAGAAGAUGGUACAGUUGUUUGGAAUGAAAUCCACCACAAAACAGAACCAUUUUCAAACCAUAUGGGACAUGGCUUUCCAGACCCAAACUAUCUGGACAAUGUUCUUGCAGAGCUGGCAGCACAGGGUGUCAAAGAUGAUGUAGAAGUCACUGUAAUAUAAUACUAAGUAACAUACUACAAAUUGUGUGUGUAGUCUUGUCAAACUUUGAUUUUCUUAAUAUAAACAAAUAAUUGUUGUUGGAAAAAUAGCUGUGUCAAUUUUUUCCCUCUGUUUUGUUUCUAAUAUUGUUAUAACUAUUAGUGAUAGGUAAUGUAUUAACUGAUUUUGUAACCAAUCUAUGGGUAACAGGGUAAGUUAGUAUCAUCAACAGAGUUGACAACAAAAUUGGCCUCUGUAAAGAGUUUUAAAGCUGUGACAUAGUUUUUAGUAAUUUGGGUGGAAUUAACCUUGGGAAAAAAACACAACUUUCGAGGGACAGAGAUAGCCCACUCUUUUUGCAGGAAGUUAAUGGUAUGAUUUUAUUAUGGUUUAACCCUUUCUAUCUUAACAUCAGUAUACUUAUUCUCCAUACUGUUCUUUAUACAUUUCCUAAGGUGCUGACAAGGAGAAUUUGUUUAACAAUCAAAAGCUUCUACAGAUGGAGAUCAUUUCAUUUAUUCCAUGACCGUACUGUUUGAUUCAGAGUGAUAUUGUAGGAAGAAAUUAGAUGCUAGUCACUCUUAGGUGUCAACAGUUUAACAUCUUUGAAAACAAUUUCAUUUUAUUUUUCUCUGAUUUAUAUUUAUUAGCAUAAUUGCAAUAUACGUAAUGUGCUUUGAAAAAUUUUUAAAUCAAUAAGGCAUUAGAACCACGACAUGUAGUAUUCCCUUUGUGACUGGUAAGAAUGAAAAAGGAUGUUUGUCUACUAAUCAUGACUACAGAUUUGAGCCUUACUUUUUUGGUAUUUUCUUAAAAUGAAUCAGUCAUGCAUAUAGCACCUGGGAAAGAUUGAGUAAUUUAUUUGAAGUAGGAAAUAAUAAUUAUAGUGGAAAUAGGUAACAAACAUAAUACCUAAUUGAAAAAACAUAUAUUAUAACAUAUACUAUAUUGUGUCUUUUUUUCCCCUUGGAACACUAUGGAAAACACUACAUACCAAAGAAAUAAAAUUCUGGUUGAG